AUGGAUCCCUCGGGCAUCUCAGACGCGCAUGGCCACUUGACGCUCCACGUGUCGUUGCCCAGCGGCCGCUGCGAGACACUUUCCUUGCCGCGGGAGGGCACGGUGCGCGACCUGAAACGCGCGGCGCAAGGGGCCUUGAAGCAGCUGUUCCUGCGGCCGGUGGGGCCGGAUGGACAUCUCUUAGACCCAACGGACUCGCUGGAAGCGGCGGGGCUACGAGAUGGGGAUCACCUGAUGGCGAUUGCGCGGCAGCCGAAGGUAGCCGCCACGUCGAAGGCUUUCGCCCUGUGGUGUUUGGGAGAAAGCAAGAUGGUGACCUGGGGAGCUGCUGAUGCGGGUGGUGACAGCGGUGAGGUGAAGGGCCAUCUGAGGAGCAUUCAAGAAGUGCAGGGCACAGAGCGUGCUUUUGCCGCGAUCGUGGAGGAUGGGCGUGUCGUCACCUGGGGCUCCCCAGAGCAUGGCGGGGAUAGCAGCAGAGUCAGGGAGAAACUGCAGAACGUUCGGCAGAUCUGUGCCACGGGCAGUGCAUUUGCAGCCAUCUUGGCAGAUGGAGGUGUGGUGACCUGGGGGGCACCAGAUGCGGGAGGCGACAGCACCAACGUCAGAGAUCAGUUGAGGAAUGUCCAGCAGAUUGCCAGCACGAAGCGCGCCUUCGCUGCGAUCCUGCCGGGUGGCAGCGUGGUGACCUGGGGCGAUCCUCACUUCGGGGGUGACGGUUCGGAGGUGGCGGAACCGUUGGCCAACGUGCAGCGGAUUUGUGGGUCCGAAGCAGCCUUUGCCGCUCUCUUGGAAGGUGGCGCGGUGGUGACGUGGGGCGAAUACAGAGGAGGUGUCAACAGCACCAGCGGCGUCCGAGAUCAGCUGAGGCAGGUUCAAGAGCUCUACGCGACAGAACGUGCCUUUGCCGCAAUCCUGGAAGGUGGACGCCUGGUAACCUGGGGCCCGGAGGAGUAUGGCGGCAGGGUGCGCAGCAAAGUGUGCGGAGAGCUUCUCAACGUCCAACAGAUGGCCACGACCGGCGCAGCCUUUGCCGCCUUGUUGGCCGAUGGCACUGUGGAAGCCUGGGGCAACUCCCACGCGGGGGGCGACUGCAGUGGGGUCCGCCAUCAGCUGCAGAACGUCCAGCAGGUCUGCGCCACGAAGUUCGCCUUCGCCGCUGUCACGGAAGAUGGGCCGCUCGUCACCUGGGGCCCACGCAUCUUCGGUGGCGACAUCAGCCGGGCGGGAAGGGAGCCGCCCCCGAAGGUGGCACAGAUCUUCGCGACGGAUGGAGCCUUCACGGCCUUGGGGGAGGGAGAUGUGAUGGCCUGGGGGCAUCCCAGCGAGGGCGGCGACAUUUCGAAAGUCUGGGACGAGAUUCAUGAAUACAGCAUGGAGCAGAAGCGCACCGCCAGCUUGGAUGAGGAGUUGGCGGAGUCCGCUGCGGAGACGCGCGGGGUGGCAGAGGAGCUGAUGGCCUGCAGGAAUGAGCUUCGUCUGGUCAGCGAAGAAGCGGACCUGGAACAGCGAAACCUGCGCGUGGCCUUGAAGGCGCAGCUUCUGGAGUGUGAGGAACACUGUACGAGACUGGCAUGCGAUCGCCAGCAGCAGGAGAGUGUGGCCGCCUGGCUUCAGGACUCCUGGCGCAGGUGCGAGCUGGGGCCUGCUUUAGACCAGGUGAAGACCCUUCGCAAAGUCAUGGAUGACGACCAGCUCCGUGUAGAGGCGCUACAGAUGCAGAAUCACGAACUGGUCUUAGAGGUGGCUGAGCAGCGGGCGGCCCUGUCAUUUGGCUCUACCGAGGUGGCCUUCGCGCGAGCCGAGGUCACUGCCUGGAAGAGGGAGUCCGACGAGCUGACUGCCAAAGUUGAGAAGCAGGAGCGACGAGUUCUUCAGGAAGAGGCAGCGCGAGAGGAGGCGCGAUUUCUUGAAGACUCUGCCGCCAAGGAGGAGGCUCCCCCGCCCGCCAUCCAGGCAGACCAGGCCCAGAGCCUGGCGAAGGAGCUGCAGGAGCUGCGCUCCGAAGCGGCGCUUCUCCGCUCGAGCCUCACCGCAGCGCGCAUUGAGACCCAGCCGGCACCGCUGUCUGCGAUCGUAUCAGCGGCGGAGGAAACAUUGCAGCACCCGCCGCUGCCACUGUCAGACGAGGUUCCCCCUCGCGCUGUGCUGCCGGUGGCAUCUUCCGUGGAAGCGCUGCACUUCUUGCCGAGACUGCUGGCAGACCAGGCCGCGCUCCCCCUUCCGUGUCGGCAAGACUUCGACAUGGACAAGGAGUAG